CGGCUCUCCUGUCGCCGCCGCCGCGCCCCCCCGGGCGGCGGGGGCUUCGAGGCUCUCCGUGCCUCCCGGGCGCUAGUCGAACGUCGCCCGCCUCGGCGCGGCUCCCCGGCCGGCAGCCCUGACCCCCGGAGCCGCGGGACUGCUCCGCGUCCGCGGAGGGGGCGCUGCGCGGACCCUCCUACACGUACCGACACCUACAGACACACGCACACCUUCUCCUAUCGACCCCCCAGGCGCGCACGUAGACUUUGGCGUCCUUUUGCCGAUGAACUGCAUGAAGGACCCGUUAAGCCUGGAGCGUCUGGGAGCCGGGAAUAAGCUGUGCUCCUCCUCACCUUCCUCCUCCUCCUCUUCAUCAUCCUGCCAUCACCACCAGCCCGCGCUGGCCAUGGCGACGGCGCUGGCGCCGGGGCAGGCGCGCUCCUCCCUGGAGUCCGCCAAGCACCGGCUGGAGGUGCACACCAUCUCCGACACCUCCAGCCCCGAGGCCGCAGAGAAAGAUAAGAGCCAACAGAGUAAAAAUGAGGAUGCGGGGCCCGAGGACCCCUCCAAGAAGAAGAGGCAGCGGCGGCAGCGGACUCACUUCACCAGCCAGCAGUUGCAGGAGCUGGAGGCCACCUUCCAGCGGAAUCGCUACCCGGACAUGUCCACCCGGGAGGAGAUCGCCGUCUGGACCAACCUCACCGAGGCCAGGGUUAGGGUUUGGUUCAAGAACCGCAGAGCCAAAUGGAGAAAGAGAGAAAGGAACCAGCAAGCCGAGCUAUGCAAAAACGGCUUCGGUCCGCAGUUUAACGGCCUCAUGCAGCCCUACGAUGACAUGUACCCCGGCUACUCGUACAACAACUGGGCAGCCAAGGGCCUGACCUCCGCUUCCCUCUCCACCAAAAGCUUUCCUUUUUUCAACUCCAUGAAUGUCAACCCUCUGUCUUCUCAGAGCAUGUUCUCCCCUCCAAACUCCAUAUCCUCCAUGAGUAUGUCUUCAAGCAUGGUACCUUCUGCAGUCACCGGGGUGCCGGGCUCCAGCCUCAACAGCCUGAAUAACUUGAACAACUUGAGCAAUCCCUCCCUGAAUUCUGCAGUGCCAACGCCAGCCUGUCCUUAUGCUCCUCCAACACCUCCGUAUGUUUAUAGGGACACAUGUAACUCGAGCUUGGCGAGUCUGAGACUUAAAGCCAAGCAGCACUCCAGUUUUGGCUAUGCCAGCGUGCAGAACCCCGCUUCCAACCUGAGCGCUUGCCAGUACGCGGUGGACAGACCCGUGUGAAACAUCCAAGUAGGAAACACUGCCUGGGAAUCCCUCCCCAUUUCCCGCAGAGACUGAGAAUUUCACUAGAAAGUAAUGGGCACUAGAGAGAAAGAGAAAGGAGGAAAAAUCAGAGGCAGAGAGGAAGAGAGAGAGAAAGAGAGAGAGGAGAAAAAAAAAAAAAAAA